AUGGUUGGCAUAAAGUCAUCCAAGGAAGUGUGGGAUAUUCUGGAACAUCGUUAUGUCUCGUCCACCCCCAUGCACGUCACUUCCAUUCACAAGAAACUUCAAUGUAUGAAAAAGAGAUCUCUCACCAUGCAUGACUACCUCCAGCAAGUUAAAUCUAUCAGUUAUCAACUCGCGGGAUGUGGUGCACCCGUAUCUGAUGAUGAAUUACAUAUCUAUAUUUUGGAUGGAUUGCCAUCAUCAUAUCGUCCAUUUGCCUCUACUAUUCGUGGACGUGCUCGGAUUGCGGCUGUCACACUGGAAGAACUUCAUGAUCUGCUCAUCUGCAAAGAGAUGUCCCUUGUCGAAGAUGCUCCUACAGAGAACUCUCAUGCCCUUGUUGCAGCCAAGACACGACAACAGGAGCAUCCUCGCCAUCCCAACUCUUCAAAUCACCAAUACACUCCAUAG